UCUUCCGUAACACUAGUCAAUCCCCACAUUUUUCCCCGCAAACGCACUGAUACACCCAUGUCACCAGCACGGCCUACACAUCCCAUAGACAGCACAGCAUCCCAGCAUAGCAUAUCCACUGAGAACGAUCCCAACCGACGUCUGUCGUAUGCUUCCACCUCCUCCACCAGCUCCAUAAUGCAACGCAAUUCCAGACAAGUAUCCGAUCUGAAUGUCGAAGGAGUCUCAGAGGGUGGGCCAAAAUUUGCCAAAGCUCUAUACGACUUUGCUGCGAAUGAACGUGACGAGCUCAUGUUGGAAGAGGAGGACAUCGUCCAGCUUCUGAAAGGGGAUGCGAAGGGAGGGUGGCUAUUUGGAUUGAAGAAUGGUGUCUGGGGGUGGUUUCCUGCGAAUUUUGUAAGAAUUCUAACUGACGAAGAGGCUAUUGCUGAGGGAUUGUUGGAUACAGCAGAAUCGUCUACGGUUGAGCUAUCAGACGCCGACUCAAGCAAAGCACAGUAUAUCCCACUAAAAUCUGCCACCCCGUCAUCUGUAUCACACAAUGAGGAUGCUGGAGCCAACCUACCACCAGGCACCCGCAAUUGGGCGGCUAAAUACAAAACCAUGCCGCGGUACUCUAAACGUGUCUCUGGAACAGGUUUAGAUGAACUGGAAGCAGCAAUCGGGACUCAUAUUCGGGAAGCCCUUGCCAGACCAAAAGCGGAGCCUGCCCCUGUUCUCGAAGAGGUUAGUUCGGACAAAAAGGAAGCUCGUCGAGCAGGGUCUUUUCGAAAGAAGGAUAUCAAAUCUGGAAGCACUGUUGAGCGAAGAGCAACAGUUUCAAUUGUGGGUGUUCCGCAUGUGACACGGCAGCGGUGGGUGGAGACGAUGGGCGGAGUGGAAGAGGUUACAAAGAUGGGAUUGAGCAAAAAGGAAGUGCAAAGACAAGAAGUUAUCCAUGAGAUUCAAGCGACUGAAAAGGAUUAUGUGGAAGAUUUGGAAAUCAUCAUUAACUUGUACAUGAACCAAAUCAAGAAGAACAAGCUGCUGCCACCUAAGGAUAUGGCGAUUGUUUUUUCGAAUGUGGAGCAAUUGUUACCCGUCAACCAGCAAUUGAUGAAAUGGCUAGAAGAUCGCACAUCACAGCACCCUGUGGUGGAGCAGAUUGGAGAUAUAUUUAUACGUGUGAGCGACUUCCUGAAAAUGUACACAAUGUACUGCCGGAAUCAUCCUUUCGCACUAAUGAAACUCCAAGCUGUUCGACAAAACAAAUCAGUUGCCAAGUUUUUGGAUCAAUGUGCCAUGAUGCCCGAAAGUCGCAAUCUUAACUUGGCAAAUUUCCUCAUCAAACCUGUUCAGCGGAUUUGUAAAUAUCCGCUCCUCAUUCGGGAAGUAAUGAAGAACACCGAACCGAGUCACCCCGAUUUCCAAAAUCUUGAGAAGGCUCUUCUAAAGAUUGAAACCGUUGUGACAAUUGUCAAUGAGGGAGCUAGGCAAGCUGAGGCGGUGCAAAAAAUGUUGGAACUUCAAGGCAGGUUCACAACCAAAAUGAACAUUGUAGCGCCCUGGCGUCAACUUUUGAGAUCAGCUUCCAUGGACCUCGUCAAAUCCAAUAACGAACGAAAGCGUCGUGAGAUAUUCUUGUUCAAUGAUAUGCUACUUUUAGCCAAAUCCCUCGGAGAUGACCAAAGGCUCAAGCUAGUGGAUAUGGUUCCCUUUGACAUGAUUCUGAUCAAUAUCCCUUCAGUCGGAACGGACCAUCUCAUGGAAAUUGUUCACAUCAAUACGGCAAGAUAUACCGUGGCAUGCGACACUGCUGACACAAAGCAACUGUGGAUUGACUCCCUCAAAGAAGCGACCAAAACUUGGAUGGCCCAAAAGAACCGAGGAAGUCCUGGUGUUGCCAAUCUCCCACCUCAAACAAACUCAGGCGAUACAAUGGGAGGUUCCGGAACGUCGCUCUCUCAUGAAGCAUUGCCUCAAAUGGACGCAAUUGCCGAGGCAUCGGCAAAGCUGGUUCAACCAACGGUCGAUGAAUCUAGUUUGGCUGAUGCAGCAUUAGUUGAAGAUGAGGUCGUCGUAAAAGACGAUGUAUCUGAUGAGCAAGCAGCGCCUCCUGCACAAGCACUGAAAUCGUUUCAGAAUCAAAGUAGAGUGACCAUAAGCGCUUUACGUACCGUAACCAGCGGUUUGCGGCACGUAGAGUCCAAGGUCAAAAGCAAUGAGAAUAUUGCAGAGAACGAUGGCUCUAGCUUGACAGGAAGGGUUGCGUCAAAUGAGCAGUUGGAUAGCACAAAGAAGAAAAGCACCUCCAAAGAGACGCUUAUGGUUCUCCCACCUCUGCCCAAAAAGGUUUCGCCAGGUGCCCCAGAAAGCGCUGUAAAGUCGGAACCAGUCGCAUCAAGCCGAACUUCUACUGGGAUAAAUCAUGCGCCGCGCAAUGUUUCCGUCCGUUUUGCAUCGAAUCCCUUUAUAGUGCAAGAUCAAACAGCGGAUCAGGUCCCUCGCCAGCGAUCAGCAACCGCGGAACCUCCAGGGGCGGGGACUGUUUCUAGUGCAAAUGUGGCCAAAACCAACGACCAAAGCGAUGCUGGCAAAGCCGAUGCACCCGGGCGACGAGCUAGCCACUUGGGCGUUUCACUUGCGGGUCGCGAUGCUCAUCCCACCCAGCCGCCACCAAAACUCCCACAGACUCUCUCUGGUGCUCCACAUCCCUCCGCCAACAUAGAAGCAGGUCCUGAAAAGAAAACAUCACAAUCCGUGGCCUCAGAUCGAAAAACUUCAAUCACAGAGGAGAAAGCAACAUCAGGACCUCAGUCUAAAUCGGCCAGCAGCAGCAGUAUAUCCUCCCUUCAGGAAGAGGUUGGCACUAUCAAAACUGUCCAGCGCCAAGCGCAGCCACUUAACCGCGCAAAAUCCGGCACCAUUUUCAACAAACCCGUUCGGAAGGCAACAAUAGUCGACGUAAUCCGACAGCAGACUUCCGCAGCCAGCCGAUCCGCAACCGGGAAGGAUUACGUGUAUCUCAUCGACGUCUUCCACGUUGGAGUAUCCGACGAUCAGCACAUGACCAUUCGGCAUACAUAUGACGAUUUCUUUGAUUUCCACAUGCAACUCAUUGGCCAUUUCCCUGAAGAAGCGGGAGUAAGGGUUGGGCUGAUGCAAAAGGAUUCAACCGGUGAAUUAGAAUCCAUGCCCGGAGCUUGGUCGGAAGGUCCCAGAAGAAUCAUACCCGAGCUGCCAGGACAAAUGAUGUUCGUGAGUGAGGCAGCUGCGAAAGGAAGAAUGGCUCAACUGCAGGAUUAUAUCCAGUGUAUCCUUGCCCUUCCUUCGAAGAUCUCGAGAUCACCUGUUACGAUGAACUUUUUCCGUAACGAUGGCAAGCACGUUAUUGCACUAAUCUCGUCAACUGACGCGAAUGAAACUUCACGGUAGCAUGUAUAAAACAAGCAGAGGGGAGAACUAGUGAUUGUAGGUUUAGGAAACAAUAGUCAAUGGUUAUUGUGGUGGUUUUUGCGGUACAUGUUCAGGGGGUGUACGAGGUUGAUCGCAGUGAGGAUGACCGUUGCAAUACCCAACCGAUAUAUAUUUAUAUGUCAACACGAAAACAACCAAACGGCAUCUAAUGAUCUACUUAUAUAACAC